CUCAGCAUGAUCACCCUGAUCUCCCCCUUCAUGCACCCCGUAUAUCACAUGAGAAUGAUGAGCAGUUCCCGGGGUCGGGUUGCUUCCCGAAUAUCAAGUUCUCCAGCCCCCAGAUCACUAUAUUAUUCAUUGUUGGCUCGUAAACCAGACAAUGAAUCGUACUUGACUUCUGUUGCGAGCUCCAGUUUUACGAUCAAGAUGAACGGCUGUGCUGCACGAAUACCUUCUCGUGCAAAAGGUCGUCGAAUGUCUGUUCACGAACCAUGUCACCGCCCUUCGUACAACGACCAGCCACCAGCAGCCCUCGCCCGCCGCCUUUGAGGGCUCCAGCCUGGGUCCACGCCGAGUAUGGAACCCUCCCGCCUAAGCAGGACGAACUUCCACUCUAUCUUUGUGUUCUCUACAUCAUCGUCCUGUCGAUAACAGUGUUCAUGCUGGUCAUCGUCAAACGCCGCUACGAGGCAGACUUUACACCCCCAAACACUGCUUUCGAGCCCAUCCUCCCGUACACGAGUCGCAACUCGGAGGAACGGCGACUGCUCUACUUCCAGCAGAGCGUGGUGAAGGAUCUCUACGGAGACUGGUGGGCUUCCAUCCAGACGGAGCGGAGCAGACUGAUGGGCUAUAACAGCCCUGCUAUCUGCCCCAUCUGCCUGGAAGUCGUCACCAAGAUGCAACUGAUCUACCUGCUCCCAUGCAGACAUGUCUUCCACGAUCGCUGUCUGGAUGGCUGGGUUAUGAGUGGCAGGAACACAUGCCCGCUGUGUCUGGAUAUCAUGGCGAGGCCCGGGAGGAAAGAAAUUGUGUAAAUAGGUGGAUGUAUAA